AACCACGUUCCCCUCCUGAAGCUCGGCAACACCCCGAGAGAGAGAGGUCGAGAGCGAGAGAGAGGUCGAGAGCAAGAGAGAGGAACUCUCCACUUGUAGCUGCACGGUAAAGCAGAAAGGAGAAGUAAAAGGAGGGUGAAGCCAGGAGAGGGGUUUCGGCCAUAGGAAGCGGGCACAUAGCACGGAAUGGGAGGACUAUAAAGGGAAUAAUCCUCUAAUUGAGAUUACAAGAUAAUCGGUUUGAGCGAGAAACCACGGAAAGAACCAACGAGAGUGGGGCAUUACACCAAGCAUAGGGACGAAGCCAAGGUCGAGAAUCACCGAGAAUCCUAUCAACCAUCAAAAUGACUGCAUCAAAGAAACAUCACAAGGAGAAAGUUGUUCGUCGGAGAGAGGAGAAAGUUGAAGAACCGGAAGCACCAAAAUAUAGAGACCGUGCGAAGGAGCGUAGGGAAGACCAAAAUCCUGACUAUGAAGCCUCAGAAUUGGGUUCUUUUCAUGCUGUUGCUCCGCCUGGCCCUGUUGAUCUCCGCUCAGCUGAUGCACAAAAGUUUUCCAUAGAGAAGAGCAAGUAUCUUGGAGGUGAUGUGGAGCACACACAUUUGGUCAAAGGUUUGGAUUAUGCUUUACUCAACAAAGUAAGAAGCGAGAUUGACAAGAAGCCAGAUGGUGGAGAUGAUGCCGAUGGAAAGUCUAGAGCCUCUAAGGAAGAUCUACAAUUAUCAUUUCGCACUGCAGCUGCAAAGUCAGUGUAUAAAUGGAUAGUCAAACCCCAAACUACUAUCAAGUCAAAUGAGAUGUUUCUUCCUGGUCGAAUGGCAUUUAUUUUUAACAUGGAGGGUGGAUACACUCAUGACAUUCCAACCACCUUGCACCGGAGUAAAGCUGAUUGUCCAGUACCUGAGGAAAUGGUUACUGUCAGUGUUGAUGGUUCUGUGCUGGAUCGAAUAGCUAAAAUUAUGUCAUAUCUUCGUCUUGGCUCUUCUGGGAAGGUUCUUAAGAAGAAGAAAAAGGAGAGAGAUUUAAAAGGAAAGAUUUUGGCUGCUGGUAAUGAGUAUGAUGACGAGGAUAAGCCAUCAAAGCCUAACGGUGGGAUGCCCAAGUAUCAAACUGAAAGAGAAUUUCUUCCUCCACCUCCUCCAAGGAAAAAUCAUCUUGAUGCAAGAGAGAAACAAGGCCCAGCAGUUGCUAGAGCAGAACAGGACGACAUAUUUGUUGGAGAUGGUGUUGACUAUGCUAUUCCGGGUAAAGACUUGAGCCAAAGCCCUCUCUCAGAGGACAUGGAAGAGUCUCCUCGAAAUAAGGAAAAGCCUUCGUAUUUUUCUGAACCUGUUUAUGGUCCAGUCCAAACCUCUGGGCUGCCUGAAGAAUGGCAAGGAACGAAUGGAUAUGAUGCAAUGCAAACACAAGCAUUGGCUGGUGGCUACCAGGGUGAGUGGCAGGAUUACCAAUAUGCUGAACAGCUGGCGUACCCUGAACAAUAUCUCCAAGCAAACAUGCAGACUUAUGAAGUGGAAGCAGGCAUUCUGCAGGAUCCACGUUUUAUGACUCAAGAAGAGAAGGAUCGGGGUUUAGGGUCUGUGUUUAAGCGAGAUGAUCAGAGACUUCAACAAUUGAGGGAGAAAGAUGCUCGAGAAAAGGAUCCCAAUUUCAUUUCUGAGAGUUAUUCUGAAUGUUACCCAGGGUAUCAAGAGUAUAACCGGGAGAUUGUGGACAGUGAUGACGAAGAUGACUUGUCAAAAAUGGAUAUGGGUGGACGAGCAAAGGGUCGUCUUCAUAGGUGGGACUUUGAGACAGAAGAGGAAUGGGCAACUUACAAUGAGCAGAAAGAAGCCAUGCCGAAAGCUGCAUUCCAGUUUGGUGUGAAGAUGCAAGAUGGUCGGAAGACACGAAAGCAAAACAGGGACCAGAAGCUAAAUAAUGAGCUGCACCAGAUUAACAAGAUACUUGCCAGAAAGAAAAUGGAAAAGGAGAUGAAUGGUGAGGGUGGCCAACAUUAUGACGAUGAUUCACAACCUGGAAAGAAGCUUAGAAUAUGAAAUAUGGGAAGUUGAUCUUACAUUGUAAUAUUUAUGAGCAGAUUUUCUUUUCUACUUUGAAGUUGAUGUUGGACUUAAUUUUGUUGUUACACAUGAGCUUUUCCAGUUUCUUUGCUAGAAUUAUCCUCAAUCUGAUCAUAAGAUAGAAUACUGUAAGUAUUUGGAGUUUGGGCUUUUGAGAAGAUCAAGACAUUGGAAAAGUGUCACCCCCU